AUGUCAAGCAGUCAGAUCGCGGCGCCUUUUGCUAUCAAGCCUUCCCAGCGAGCCAAUAUUCGGCUGUCGACGUCCCAGGACCUUUACUCCACGCUCAGCAGUUCUCUUAGCCCGCUAAAAGGACACCAGCGACCGGCCAUUCCUUUUGAAAAUGCCAUGGCCAAGGAAGGCGACAGAUCUCCAACUUCCGGCCAUCGCAUCCUUGAGGAUGAUUACGCCGUUCCAGCACCUCCUCCGCCUAGCCCU